AUGAGUAACCGUGAAAGAAAAAGACCUAAAUAUGAGUGUAUCCCAAAAAGGUGGCUUGGCUGUCCGAGGAAAUCUCUUCAACUUCUUGUUGGAAAAUUUUUAAUAUUUAAAACUCCGUUAGAUCAUAAAUACGAUGAUCAGGUUCCUGAUGAAUGUCUGUUUCCGGUUGAUUUUGUUUUUAAUUCAAUGAAAAGUUACAAAGUAAAUUUAGGAUUAUGGAUUGAUUUAACAAAUACUACUAGGUUUUAUGACAGAAGAGAUGUUGAGAGUCAUGGAUGUAAAUAUAUAAAACUACAAUGCAGGGGAUUUGGAGAAACACCUUCUGUCAAACAAACCGAAACAUUUAUAGCAAUAUGUCACAAUUUUAUAAAUCAACAUCCUCUCGAAAUUAUAGGUAUUCAUUGCACUCAUGGUUUUAAUAGAUCAGGUUUUAUGCUUGUGUCAUUUUUGGUAGAAAAAUAUGACUGGGAAUUAGGUGCAGCUUUGUUAAAAUUUGCUGAAGUUAGACCUCCUGGAAUUUAUAAAAAAGACUAUAUAGAAGAAUUGUACAGAAGGUAUGAUGAUGUAGAAUAUUUACCUCAACCUCCUCCUUUACCUGACUGGUGUUUCGAAGAAUCUGAUGAGGAAUAUGAAUUGACAUUUGACAAUAAAAGUGAUAAAAAUACUGGAAAUGAUGAUAAUGAAAAUGAGGAGGAAUAUGAAAAUGAUGAAGAUAACGAGGACAAGACCAAUGAUGAUGGGAAUGACGAUAAUAAUGACAAGUUGACAAUUAAAAAUCCAACAUUUAUGCCUGGUGUACCUGGAGUAGAACUUGUUCACGAACCACUUUUGGGAAAAAUUCAAAAAAAGGUUCAAGAAUUAUGUAAUUGGAAAAGGACUGGAUUUCCUGGUUCUCAACCUGUAUCAAUGACUGUAUCAAAUUUACAACUACUAUCUCUUAAGCCUUAUGCAGUGUCUUGGAAAGCAGAUGGUGUUAGGUAUCUUAUGUACAUAGAUGAUAAAAAUGAAAUAUUUUUUGUAGAUCGUAACAAUUCGGUUUUUAGAGUAAGGAAUAUAAGUUUUCCUUAUCAAAAAGAUUUACAUUUAAAAAAGACUCUUCUCGAUGGUGAAAUGGUAUUGGAUAAAUUUGAUGGGCAAAACAUACCAAGAUAUUUGGUUUAUGACAUUGUGGCAUUAAAUGGUUACCCAAUCGGAACGAAACCCUUUUUUCCUACCCGUUACGAAACGAUUAAAAAAGAAAUAACCGAACCGAGAUACGAAGCAAUGAAAAUAGGUUUAAUAAAUAGAGCUAAAGAACCUUUUAGCAUUAGAGCAAAAGAUUUUUUCAGCGUGAGAUAUGCGGAAAAAUUUUUAAGCGAAAAAUUUUGCAAAGCUCUCUCUCACGAACCGGACGGUUUAAUAUUUCAACCUUCGAGAGAACCGUACACGCCGGGUCAGUACGACUUAUUAUUAAAGUGGAAACCGCCAUCUUUAAAUUCAAUAGAUUUUAAAUUAAAAAUAACCACUGAAUCAGGACUUUACGUGGGAGGAUUAUCAUCGAAAUUUGCCGUUUUGAACAGCGUUAAAGGUCUUCAAGAUUUAGAUAAUAAAAUAAUUGAAUGUAAAUACGAAAAUGGCUCGUGGAUUUUCAUGAGGGAAAGAACGGAUAAGUCGUUUCCCAAUUCGUACGAAACGGCUAAAAGCGUUUCAGAAAGCAUAUUGAAUCCGGUUACUCAAGACAUGCUAUUAGGAUUUAUAGAGACUUCAAGGUAUUAUGAACCUAUGCCUCCGCCACAGGCUCCUCCACCUCGUUCGCACACUUCUCGUAAUUAUUGUUAA